AUUUACUUUGAUAGGUAAUGUUGGAAGAUUGUGGACAAGGAAGAAAGUAUAAGUAAUUAGCAAAAGAAACCAAAAUAAUCAUCUUUUUCUUUUUUUCCCAGAAUUGCCCAUUUAAUAGGCAUUAAUAAAUACUCAAUUGCUUUAAACCAUUUUGUAGCUGAAGAAACAUAUGGGCAGAGAUUAAGUGAUUUCCCCAAAGUCACACAUAGAUGAGAUUCAAACCCAGCAUUCUCUUUAGUAUACCUAACAGUGCCAUGUACAUUUAAAAAAAUUUAGGGAAUUAAAUUGCCAGAAGGCUAAGGUUAUCAGGGCCAACUGCUACAAUGUCAAGUAAGCAUAAUAUACACAGCAAGGGUAAUGGAAAAGAAAGUUUUCAAGAAAUGACAGUUAGGGUGUGAAGGGAUCAGCAAGAAUGGGCUUAUGAAGGUUAGUGAGGUAUACUGAAUUACAUUAUGAAUCUAUUUUGAGACAGUCUUUAAAAUAUCUAACAAUAAUAUGGAAAAUAUAUAUGUUCAUAUGAGGAUACUUCUAAAGAUAACUGCUAUAUUUUUUAUUUUAAAAAGUGGCUUGGCCUUAUUAAGUAUUUUAAAAUGUUGAAUUUGGCCCUUUUCCUCUGAAAUAGCAAAUAUUAGAUUGAAAAAAAAAUUCAACCAUAAUCUUGAAAAUAAAUUAUUUUCUUAAGGCAUUUAAAAAGGGAACAUGAAGGGGGGUUUUGUGUAUUUUGAUUAAAAAUAAUAGCUAACAAUAGCUAUUUAUAGCACUUUGAAGUUUGCCAGUCAUUGUACAUGUAUUAUUGUGAUAUGUCCAAGGUCACAAGGCUUAUAAGCACCCUAGGCAGCCUUCACAUUUGGUAUCUUUGUGAGUACAGAGCUCUCUCUACUAUAACAAUUAGCUACCAGUAAAAUAGUUGUUAAAUAAAUGACAAAAAUGUUAUUGCUUAUCUUCAUACAUCAUAUACUUUUAUAUUUUACAUUCAAUACAUGGACCUAUUAUGGUGACAAAAAGCUUGAAAAGCCUCAACGAAAAAAACCUCCUGUGCCAUCGAGGAAUGAUCAUCCAAUUAUGGGAAUUCAGAGUGGAAAAAACUUCAUAAACACAAAUGCAGCCGAUGUCAUCAUGGGGGUAGCCAAGAAGCCUAAAGCUCUUUAUGUUGACAAAAGGACUGGAGACAGACAUGGCCUGGAAUAUUCAGGACUUAUUCCAAAGUACAUAAAUAAAAAGGAUUAUGGCAUUACUCCCCAGUAUAUAUGCAAGCGAAAUGAGGAAGUUAAAAAAGUGCAAGAAGAAUAUGACAACUAUGUCCAGGAGAACCUUAAGAGGGCAGCCAUGAAGCGUCUCUCUGAUGAAGAGAGGGACUCAGUUCUUCAAGGUCUGAAAAAGAAUUGGGAAGAAGUACACAAGGAAUUCCAGUCUCUUUCUGUAUUUAUUGACUCCCUACCAAAGAGGAUUCGGAAGCAAAGACUAGAAGCAGAAAUGAAACAACUGGAACAUGACAUUGGUGUAAUUGAAAAGCAUAAAGUCAUCUAUAUUGCUAAUAAGUAGUGAAGAAUUUGUAGAAUAUAAUUGUUUUAAGUCAGAAAAAUACAAAAUGGAAAAUAAAAUUAAAUAAUAACAUGCUGUCAAAGGAAGAAAAAUAGUAUUAAGAGAACAAAGCAGUAAUGUUUAAAGAAUAAUGUGAAUUGUUCACUUUUAUAAUUUUUUUUUACUGGUGUGAGAUUUCCAGGUAUGAACAAAUUAAAUUUCGAUUUUCUUUGUA